GCCACGACAUCUAAACAUUCCCAGACACCCAAGCACCCACACAAAGAACACAACAGCACAUACACACAGCAAGCAGAAGAAGCUUUUUUUUUUUUCUCAAGGAGCGGCGAGGAUGCAGACGGCCAAGGUGAAGGUGAAGGACGCGGUGAGCUCGGCCAAGGAGAAGGCGAAGGAGGGCACGGCCAAGGCGCAGGGCAAGACGGGCAAGGCCACGGCCACCACGCACGGCGAGAAGGAGAUGGCCAAGGAGGAGACGCGCGCCAACAAGGCCCAGGCCAAGGCCGAGAUGCACCAGGAGAAGGCCGAGCACCGCGCCGAGGCCGCGGCCGGGCGCCACGGCGCCACGCACGUGCCCCUCACCGGGCCGCAUGGCCACCACCGUCCCGUCGGCGCGGCUCCUGCCGCCGCCGACCCUGCGUACCCGGGCACCGGCGCGUACCCGACCACGGACAAGUACGUGUAGACGUGAGAUGAUCGAGGGACAGGAGCUGGCAGCUAGUGUUUUUUAUGUGUGGCUAGUUAUCCUGCCGUGUGUCGUAGGUGGCGCGCGCGUGUAUGCUGUGCCCACAUGCGUGUGCCCGAAUAAAAUGUAUCGGUCAGUUGUAAAAUGCACCUUUGAUGUACUAGUAAUUUGUGACUUGA